CAGUUGAAUUAUAACUUGAACAUAACGGAAUUGAAUCCACUUCCCACCUCAUCGUUUAUAACAGUAAUGAAUACUCAUCAAUACCCUCAAAAUAUCUCCAUCGCUCUCACCCUCUUACGGCUCUCCUCUAUGGCUGUACGCUGUAACAGUAGCAGAGCAGAGGAGAGGUAAAAAGAAACAGAGCCAGUAGUGGUGAUCAUUAAUGGGGAGGACACGGCCUCCGACGCAGGAAAAGUCAGGGGCUUUCUUCUUGGCGACUCUGCUGCUCUGGUUCGUCUCUGUUUGGUUUGAGAUUCUGUUCAACCGGCGGACGGAGCUGGGUUAUAUUAUCGCCGGCUGUGGCUUUUACCAAUUGGCUAACUGGGUCUGUCGCCGCUUUGUAUCCCGUGACCCUCUCUUUGUUAACACCUCCGUCUCUCUCCUCCACUCCUCUAUUACCUCCGCUUCUGUUGUAUUUAUUUUGGUUAAUCACUGGUUACAAAAUGGUUCGGGUGGGAUGUUUGAGCACUCACAGUUGGUUGGAGGUACUUGGGCGUGGGCACACCAGGCUUUGUGCUUCUCGUGCGGUUACUUUGCAUACGAUCAGUGGGAUAUGCUGCAUUACGGAUUAUAUAGUGGUUUUAUCCCUUCCAUCCUAGCGCAUCAUCUGCUGCUCCUCAUGUGCUUCACUCUUGCUUUGUAUCGGAAUGUGACCAUUAAUUACCUUAUUCUCACUCUCAUUUGUGAGGUAUGUUUUAUUCAUUCCUUAAUGCUUCUAUUUCCCUUUGUGAAUUGUUUUCAUGUCAGUCUGAUUGGUUUGGUUUAUCGAAACACUAGUUUUGGUCAAAUCAGCCAUAACUGUAACUGGUCGUGUCUCUUCACACUUUCUAAUCAGUUCAAAUUGAUGUGUAUUGUGGUAAUAUAGACUAAUGACUUUGACCAAAGCUUUCAUACCCUGUUUGUUAAAUCCGCUGCCUUUACCAAUAUUCUAACUGACUGCCAUUUGUCCCUACUACAGAUAUUGUCAUUUCUCACUAAAGCCGUUUCCAAAUCAGAACUCUGGAGAGUCUGUCUUCUGACUUUGUUUAAAUUAUUGAUGACUGCUGCUUAACUUUAGUAUUUAGAUUUAAAGUCUGUUGUUUGAAAUGAAUAAGAUUUGUUUUUCUUUAGUAAUCAAUCCAUACGCGUAAAAGAUUCCGCAAAAUCAAUCACUUCACUAUCCAAACAACUUCAAAUCAGUGUUGAAAAUCCUAUAUUCAUGU